GCUGAAAGAGAUGCAGAUCAGAAUAUUUCUACCGUGCAAUGUGAGAGAAAGUUUGAAAAUAUGCCAAAGUGUGCUAAUUCCAAUGAUUUCUCAGUAACACAAAACACGCGCACCUUUCAUGGAAAUAAAAGUUCGAUGAUGAAAAGUUAUGACGUAAAUGAUGACGUAUACAAUCAUCUGCAUGACAAGGAAGAGGAUUCCGACAUUGAUGAAACUUACGACCACACCCAUGGAAACAUAAGCAGUGCAAUGGAGGAGACUGACUACAGUAAUCUCAACACAGGGAUAAGAUAUAAGGAACCCGAUGUCUCUGCUGCUGAAGAUAUUGAUUAUGAUGAUCGAGAGACACCUGCUGAUUACUGUUCACUAAAAAAGAAGUAAAGAUGUAUAUUCUUGUGCAAACCAUAG